ACCAUUACUCUCCUGAGACAUUUGCGAGCCAACAUGCAAUUUUCCAAGACCCUUGUAGCAGCCGUGCUGGCCCUCACGCCACUCGCGGCGAGCUACUGCGUCGAAGUGUACGGCGAAGCACACAGUGGACUGGGUUCGACGGAGUGGAUGAACGUGAAGGUGAAUGAUGCGCUGAUUUGCAGCACGGAGAUAUUUGAGGGAGGAGGGCACCAUCUGGUUGACUGCGGCGACGGCGGGUCUGCAGGCGGAACGCUUGAGUUCGAAGUGACAGCCCUUGCGGGGCCAUGGGAUGCGACGUAUUGCGAUGAGAAAGGGCGAUGCACUACCGUGACGUUCGAAGGCCCUGGUUGGAACUGCAAUUAUAUCAAUUGCUGUGGAGGCAACAUUCCAUGCCAGUGUGCGGAUUGCGGUGGCUUUGGGAAGACGUGUGUUGAUGACUAG